GCAAAAGCAGUUAUGGCAAAAGUGGGUUACCCUCAGUUUAUAAUGAAUGACACAUAUAUUAAUGAAGACAUCAAAACACUGAAGUUUACAGAAAGUGACUAUUUUGGCAAUGUGUUGCAAACUCGCAAAUACGCAGCCCAGUCUGAUUUCUACUGGCUUAGAAAAGAAGUUCCCAAAACAGAGUGGUUUACAAGCCCAACUACUGUAAAUGCUUUUUAUAGUGCGUCUACCAACCAGAUCAGAUUCCCAGCAGGAGAACUGCAAAAGCCUUUCUUUUGGGGAACAGAGUAUCCCAGAUCAUUAAGCUAUGGUGCCAUAGGAGUAAUUGUUGGCCAUGAGUUUACUCAUGGAUUUGACAGCAAUGGUCGGAAAUAUGACAAAAAUGGAAAUUUAGACCCCUGGUGGACAACUGACUCUGAAGAAAAAUUUAAAGAGAAAACAAAAUGCAUGAUUAAUCAAUACAACAGUUACUACUGGAAGAGAGCUGGUUUACAUGUGAAAGGCAAGAGGACUCUGGCAGAAAACAUUGCAGAUAAUGGAGGUUUGCGAGAGGCUUUCAGGGCAUACAGGAGGUGGAUUGCAGAAAAGAGGGGAGGAGAAGAAGAGCCUUUACUGCCAGGCCUUGAGUUCACACACAACCAACUUUUCUUCCUGAGUUACGCCCAUGUAAGAUGCAACUCCUUUAGACCAGAAUCUGCGAGAGAGCAAAUACAUAUUGGAGCUCACAGCCCUCCUCAGUUCAGAGUUAUCGGUGCAAUGAGCAACUUUGAAGAGUUCCGUAAAGCUUUCAAUUGCCCAACAAAUACAACAAUGAACCGAGGGGCAGAAUCCUGCCGGCUGUGGUAG